AUGAGGGCAGGACAACUGGCACUGGGAUUCCUGGCGAUAUGCCUUACCAUUUGGCUAACCAACGGAGCCACGACUGGAUCCACGGAAUCCUCGACGAGCACAACAACCACCACCGCAUCCACCACCACCACCACCACCACGGCCUCGUCCGCGUCUUCGGCCUCCUCGACGAGCCAUAGGAAGAAAGUCUACAUGACCAAUCUGAGGUACAAGGUAAAGCGGAAGAUCCGUGUCAACAGGAACUCCACCUCCACUUCCAGCACCAAGAACAAGAACAAGAGCAAGAAGAAGAACCGAUCGGCAAGACGCGUCAACGCCCGAAGAAAUAAUAGGCUGCUCAAACGCCGCAAUCGGGGAUAA